AUGGGUGAGGCAGCCCUACGAGCAGCACUUGGAUCUGAGCUCUGUCCCGAACACAAUACAGAAUUCCACCUUCAGCGUUGGCUGAUCGGCUACGAUGGGGAUGUCGCUAAAGCUGCAGAAAAGUACAGAGAAUACUCCAGAAUACGGAAAUCUCUAGGAUACGACGAUUUUGCCAAUGUACAGAGAUUAUAUGUAGAUAAGACAAACUGUGCACGAUAUGUACGCCAAUCGAGGUUGUCGGCAGAAUGGUUCAACGAAAAGGAUAAUGGCAUCGUGUUUGUUGAAAUGAGUGUCGAGGACCCUAAAAAGUUUAUGAAAGUUGUUCGAGUCAGUGAAUAUCUGCGAUCGUUCUUCGGAUAUUGUGAAUACUUCCAACAUUUGAUUCUGGAGCGAGAAAAACUUACAGGAAGGCCAUCACAUGGCUCGCGUUAACAUAUGGCUAGACUACUACGCAGAACUUUUGAAGCAUGUCAUCGUUGUGAAUCCACCAACAUUUCUUGCUCUCGCAUGGAAGGUCAUAUCAUUCCUGCUCCCGGCAAAGGUCCACAAUCGGUUUCACUUUGCUACACGGUAUCCAGACCAGAUAGCCAUUUACCUUAGUAUGGAAGCGAUUCCCCCAGCCUUUUCCGGAACGUGUAAAAUGCAAAGUGAACUGGACAAUGGCUGUUUCAAGUCGGCGAAGAUCACCGAGGAUGACUUUGUGGAGGAUGGCUCUUUAUGGAAGGCAAAUGGUAUCGAUCUGGCCCCGGAAAUUCGAUCAGUCAAGGCCGGAGAUGAGAUCUCAAUCGAAUUUCAUCCUGAAAAUAAACAGAAAAUGAUUUAUCAGUUUACGAGUAAUGCAGAAGUACAGGUCUGGUUUCAGCAAGAUGACAUCGACUUAACACCACGAUUCAAAAUUAUGACACCAAAAUUGGCAGAAGAAGAGAUUCUUGUGCUCCCAUCUGAUUCUCCAGUAUUAUUUCGAGUUUGUAAUCGUAGCAAAAUUUUUGCUGCUAAAGUAACGAUUGCAGUAGCAUUUUUGUGA